AUGGCCUGUGAUUUAUACCUUUUGAUUUUCACAGCGCUCGCCUGCAUUAGCUGCAAAGCAUCCAGCACGGCAGAGACAAUGUGCACGGAGAUUACAGUAAAUAAAAGCUAUAGCUGUGAAGGUUUAGGACUGAGGGAGAUUCCUGAAAGACUACCUGUCACAACAGAAAUCCUCGACUUCAGCUUCAACAUGCUCCCUUCCCUCCAGAAUUCAACCUUCUGUGAGCUGAAGUCUCUUCUCUACUUGGAUUUAACAAGGUGUCAGAUCAACUGGGUGUACGACGGUGCCUUUCACAGCAACAGGCAGCUGAAGACAAUUGUGCUGACCGGAAACCUGCUCAUGUUUCUCUCUGACACGGCGUUCGCUGGCCCACGGUCCCUGAAGCAGCUUGUCUUAACACAGACGGGAAUAACCAGUAUGUCCUUCAUUCCAAUGACAAAUCUGGACAGCUUGGAUACCCUCAUCUUGGGCAGCAACCACAUCUCUUCACUGCAGCUUCCUCCCAACUUUCCCACUCAAAACCUCAAAUACCUUGACUUUCAAAUGAACAACAUAAGAGCAAUCACAGCAGAAGAUGUCCACGUUCUGCAGAAGACCAGCAAUAUAACUCUCAUCUUUAAAGGGAAUGACAUUAUAUACAUUGAACCUGGAGCUUUCCAGUCCCAUUUCUACAGUUUGGACUUUGGGGGCUGCACUGACAUCCCUGGGGUCCUGGCGGGGAUACAGAACUCCACAGCCCAGACCCUUUGGCUGGGAACAUUUCAUGGUGUGGAAAAAGAGCCCUACAUAAGCCCGAAUGUUUUACAAGGCCUCUGUAAUAUCUCUGUCCAGGAUCUCUAUCUGCAGCUACGGCACUUCAGAAACCUAAACGCUGACACAUUUCAGUGCUUGACCAGGCUCCGAAAGCUGGACCUAACUCAAACCCACAUCAGCGCAUUGCCUCCCGGCAUCAGCAGCAUGAGCUCGCUAGCAGAGUUAGUUCUCAACGCGAACUCCUUUGAGCACCUCUGCAACAUCAGCUCUGCCGCCUUCCCUUCCCUCACCCACCUCCACAUCAAGGGGAACUCACAGGUCCUGCAGCUGGGCUCUGGCUGUUUGGAGAAACUGGCAAAGCUUCAACAUCUUGAUUUAAGUAAGAGUCAUAUUGAAAGCUUUGACUGCUGUUACAGAGCACUGAGCGGUUUGAGCAGUCUUCGGUACCUGAAUCUGAGCCACAACAUAAAGCUCCACCUCCAAGAUGUGCUCAUUAAGGACAGUGCUAACCUGGAGCUCCUGGACCUAGCUUUCACUCCUCUUCAUAUCAACACUUCACAGGGUCCUUUCCGAAAUUUGCCUCUCUUGCAAGUGCUGAAUCUUUCCUCCUCCCACAUUAAUACUAGCAUUCAGCAUCUCUUUCAAGGCCUGGAAAACCUCAUGCUCUUGGACCUUAGUCAAAAUAACUUUGAGUCGGGGAUCAUGCCAAAGGACAAACUGUUCCAACAGCUAUCCAAUUUAGAGGUGCUAAUUUUAUCAUCCUGUGAACUGACAGCAAUAGGUGACCAAGCAUUUCACAGCCUCAAGAAGUUACGGCACGUUGAUCUGAGCCACAACAAACUUAUUGCAUUCAGCACAGAUGCAUUUUCAAACCUCAAGAGCAUCUAUCUCAAUUUUGCCCACAACAGGAUCCAUAUUGUACCACGUGACAAGCUAGCGUCCCUAACUGGCCACUGCGUAAUCAACUUAAGUUACAACCCUCUGGACUGCACCUGCUCCAACACUGGUUUAAUCACUUGGUACAAGCAGAAUCUGGAUAAAAUUGAAGACCCUGAAGGAACAAGAUGCUCUGAACCCAAAUGGCUAGCUGGGGCUCAGCUGGCCACCGUCUCACUCUCCUGUGGGAUCAACAUGGCAGGAAUCAUUGCAAUUGUCCUGGCUAUUUUAGCCUGUGGUGCCAUCUUCAUUUGGGGUGCUCGCUAUUUCAAGCAAAAUUACCAGCAAAUAUAA